AUGACGGAAGCUCCUAACAUCUGCGCUGCUAUUGAGCAAAAGCUCCCACCAUCUGAUAUCGUCGAGACUCCUCCAUCUGCGGAGCAGGAAUCGCGAUACACGGUGUUCGACACGAAUGCCGUCGACUCGGCCAGUGACGAUCAGAGGCCCCAGGCAUUUGGGACGCUCUACAUUGGCGUUAAGACGGUCACUUCCAUUAAUUAUCACAGUAUUCUCUACAAACCUUUCACUGAAGACGGCGAUGGCGUGGUUAAUGACAUAUCGCAUUGCGUCAGCGUCAUUCCCACCGGCAACGAUCAAGUCAUUCACUACCGCAAAGUAGCCGACGACCGCACACCGUAUGAGUUUGAUAUCGAGAUUGAAAACCUCGGCAGCGGCAACGCGUGCUUCAAGGAGGGUGUCAUGACGUUUGGUUAUACAAGCUGGAAAUGGUCAGGUUCUUUUGUCACCUUUGCCACGCGCGUGACGCAGGGUACCUCGCUCGAAGUGGCGCCACCUCCAGGGUUCAACAGCAUAUCUGUGGAAGAGAGAGGUACAAUUGACGAAUUGGAUAAGAUAGACCCAAUCGCACAUGUGGGCCGCGGCGAAGAGAUAGUCCAAGGUGACGAUGAGGCUCAAAUCUACGGCAAUCAGUUCUUGCAAAAGAUCAUGAUGCGAUCACUCGACGACGAUACCAUCAAGGCUUUGCUACCGGGUCUAGCUGCCUUAUCCCCGGCUGAGCAGACCAUUCUAGAUAAAAACAGGGAAUUCUUCCGUCGUGGCGCCGUUGCUCUACUUGCGGAGAAGCUGAAAGAUGACGGGAAAAUCGACCCAGAUCUCGCAAAGCACAUCAUCUACAGAUGGGAAAGUUACCUGCAGUUGGUCUCGAAGACAGCCAUACCUGCCGGGCAGACUGAUCCCGCGGUUGCGUAUGGGCUUGACAGAAAGAGAGAUGCCAAACUGAUCGCCACGUUGCAGGAGCAGUUCCGGGCCGCUUCCAUGGCUUGUUAUGAGCUCGGUUAUCUCAAGAAAUGUCCCGAGUGGAGCAAGUUCACACGUUUCCCAGCCUACUGGUUCAAGACGUACGCGAAGACGCUGCUGUCGGAGGAGCAUGUGCAAACAUGGCUCGCCCACACAAUACAACAUGGCGCGUCCGACGAGAACGCCAUCGACGGGAAGGAGCAGAUCACGAUUUGGAUGAAAAAGUUAUCGCUACUCAAGCAUUGUGCCGAAGCCGCCGGCGCCACUUCAAAGGAGUUUGAGAUCGAUGGAAUCGCUGGCCAGCUCAUGGGGCGUCUUCAGAUGCAGCCUGCGUACACCCAGCCACUCGAUACUGAGCUUUCCGAUGCAGGCAAGCUACUGUCGGACUUGGACAUGAAGAAGUGCAGCCCCGAGUUCUCAGGACGGUUCGACAAAUUAAGCGACACAGCGCGAGACUCCAUGCGAGCUCUGCAGACUUCCGCGCCCAAGCUCCUGGCCGCUCUGACCGACCCGACAAACAAGCUCCGCAUCGACGCCCUGUCUUACUGGUCGAAGCGCUUGCCGACCGCCCUGAAGCUCGAAGCUCCAACGGUUCGGCAGUUCAUCGAGUACCUAGAACAUGCACCAAUCGAAGAAUCCCUCCUGAGCGAACUCAUUCCGGACCCGUCUCUGCACAGCAAAGCGUGGUUUGCCAGCUCGGGCGGCGCCAAGACACUCGUGCAGUCAGCGAUUCACAGCGCAGCCUUGUACAACUUCUACAGCUCGCUGCCGACGUCCAACGGACAAGCGUUUUCGAAAGAGUCAAGCAGCGAGAUCGGGAUGUCUGUAUUGGCAUCCUUUGGGGAGACCACAAACAUGCUGGCGAAGGGAGUAAACCCAGGUGUUCGGGUUCUGGCCUACACGAUGGGCAUCAAUGGCUUCACAAAGUCGACCAUCAGCUGGGUGUGUAAUGCUACCAAGGGCAUGAACACCAAGAUAGCCAGCAUCUUCGAAAAGCUGAUCGGCAGAGCCGCCAAAAUUUUGCAUGUCGUUGCUGUCGUCGGCUGCGUGUACAACCUGAUCACAUCGUUCUGGGACAUGAACAAGAAGGUCGACCCCAACAAUCCUGAUGACGAAGCGCAACACAUCUUUGCUACGAUCCAAUUCUCAUUGGCUUGUGUCGAGACUUUCCUACUUGUUGGGGGGUUCAUCGCCUUUCUGGCAGGAUGGACGACUUGCAGUUCGCUCGCCGGGCCAUUCGCAUUGGUCGUCGCUCUCCUCGGUGGUCUGGCCAUGAUCAUCUACGAGGUCUGGUUCGCUCCAGACCCGAUGAAAGACGUCAAAACCUUCCUUGAGAAAGUAGCGAUGGUUACAGGGAGUUACGAUACUAACCGCAACAUUCCCAAGAAGGAAUAUAUCAAGUUCCUUGAUAAUCUGGGCAAGGGGUCCAAAUAUAAAAGUCUACCAAACGAAUACAGGCCCGAGAAGCUCACGGACAUCACGAAGGAAGAUAAGCCAAAGAAGAAUACCAAAAAGUGGAUCGUGAUCACCGCAGCUCAAGACCAAGCUGCGCGAGAUCUCGAAUCCGCUAUCCAGGGAGUGUUUGUUGCCAUGAGUUGGUAUCACCCUGACAACUUCGAGAAGCUCGCGACAGCUUAUCUCCAUUUGGAGCACGGUUGCGGGUAUGUCAGGGCCGACAACCUAUUUGAUCCAUCCUUUGCAGCGUACAUGCAGGGGGAUAGCAAGUUUCUUGAUAGAUACCAACGUGGUAUCGAGGAUCUCCGCAUUCAGUUGAACGGGUUUUUCAGCGUCUUCCUGACCCAGACCGAGAGAGCGCUAGCUCGGCGGCGAACGUUGAUCCUCGAGUUGAUGAAGGGUGGAAGAGUAGUAGAGUUCUGA